AUGGUUCGAAAACAGGUAUCCCGCUUUGCCUCUUCUGCCGAAAUUCAAGCCUACCUCAAGCGAGUAGCCCAGACAUUCAAUCUCGAUCGAUAUAUCCAAUAUAACACCAGAGUGACGCAUGCGUCUUGGUGCGAGGAAUCGGCAACAUGGACCGUGGAAUUGAACGGGCAACAUAGAGUGCAGUCCGAAAUUUUGGUCAACGCUGGAGGGAUACUAAACGACCCUCAAAUUCCUGAGAUCCCAGGACUUUCCUCUUUUGCUGGGCCUCGUCUCCACACCGCGGCUUGGGAUCCCAGCGUCGACAUUACGGGCAGACGGGUUGCCGUAAUUGGUGCUGGUGCCAGUGCGAUACAGUUGAUACCACAAAUCCAACCUUUGGCAAGCCACGUCGAUGUAUACAUUCGAACUCCAUCUUGGAUCACUCCUCCGAUAGGCCUCGAAGAAACAGCACCAUCUCCGAAUCCGUUUUAUACCGAGCAAGAAAAGUAUCGCUUCAAGAAAGAUGCAUCAUACUAUCUGCAUCUCAGAAAAGGCUUGGAAGCUCAGUUUAAUGGCAUGUUUCGUGCAUUCAUGAAGGGCACCCCCGAGCAAAAAGCCCUACGUGCAGACUUGGAGGAAAAUAUGAAAACACUGAUUCGAACGCCAGCGCUGCAAGAACAGCUCAUUCCAAAAUUCGAAGCUGGAUGCCGCCGGAUGAACCCCGGACAACCAUAUAUUCACAGCCUGCAGGAAGACAAUGUGCUCCCGGUGUUCGGAGGAGUAGAUAGCAUAACGUCACAGGGAGUAGUGGUAGACGGAACAGAGCGAGCUUGCGAUAUCCUGGUUCUCGCAACGGGCUUUAACACAUCCUUCCGGCCUCGCUUCCCAAUCAUUGGACGUAACGGCGUUGAUCUUCAACGUUUGUGGUCGGAAACACCUACCUCGUACAUGGGAACUGGAGUCGCUGGAUUUCCAAACUAUCUCAUAUAUCUCGGUCCUAACACUCCGAUAUCCAACGGAAGUCUCAUGGGAAGCUUGGAGGCGACAAGUGACUACUUCAUUCGCCUGCUGCGAAAAGUAAUACGACAGCGUGUAAAGGCGUUCGACGUGAGACCGGAGGCCCAGCAAGAUUUCGAUGAUCACACGCAAUCAAUCAUGCGUGAUAUGGUAUGGACAGGAACAUGCCGAAGCUGGUUCAAGAAGGGAGUGGAUGGCAAAGUCACGGCAUUAUGGCCUGGCAGCUCGCUUCACUAUAUGCAGACUUUGGCGGAAAACCGUUGGGAGGAUUACAAUUGGGAUCAUGCUGCUGAGCGUUUCUCGUACUGGGGCAACGGCAUUUCUUGGACAGAAGAUCCCAAUGCAGACAAGCUUGGUGUUGAGGAGCGUUCCAGCAUGCUCGAAUCAACGACAGUGCCGGGCAGUAGCGGAGACAUAAGCUACUAUCUCUGGGCCAGCGACCCCUUGAACUCGGCAUCUGUUGGCAGCAUCUCAGAAAGCGUCACCGAGGAUGCUUUUGCCAGGAAGUCUGAGGAAUGGAGCAAGAUGCAGAAAAGUGUCGCUGUUGAAAUCACCGUUCCCGUGUAG